GUCGCGAGCAGUGCAACUUCUGCUACCAUUGCGAAAAACCUACGCUUGCGUUUGAACCUGCAAAUGCCACGACCAGACGCUAGGCCAGCAGAGGAGCAAUGUUCUGGCACAGCAGCAGGAGCGGGAUCUACUUCCUUAAGCGGAAGUAAAAUGGUAAAUACUGGCGGAAGGUCUACUACUUCGUCGACGAGGGACGUCGAGCCAACCUCUUCAGUGCUUGAUCACCUGACCCCGAGAACCAAAGCCACAAUUGAG